AGUCUCAAUGGCGUGUAUUCGGUGUAAUUCCUCUAUUUUUCUGUCUCACUCUCUGCAAUCUUCUCGGUGGAAAAUGAACGACACAGAAUAUACGGCUCAUAUUCUCGCGAGAACCAUCAGGACUGGAGACGAUAAAUUGAUAACCAAAGCCUUCUCACAGCUGAAAUUUGGCACUGUACCUAUGGAUAUCCUGGAGCAACACAACUUCCCAUACAUUGUGCAGCGACAUGCUCCAAACAACCAGCUAGCACUCUCCAUGGCCUCCAACUAUCAAAACUUUAAACUCCAAAAAAUCGAACACGAAAAGCCUUGGAUGUUGAAACGGUUUGCUGACAGUACUUUCGAGGAGUACCCCGACGGAAUAGUCUCGGUGCACACGCUGAAGCUGCUCACCGCCGUCUCCUUCUUCACCGACCUGGACUUUGUGAAAUGCUCAUUUUCCAUUCUGAGCAGGCUUGACCUGUUGGUUGAGGAUUUUGAGAAGUAUGGAAUUCUGGAAAGAGCCAAAGUUUUUGAGCAUCAAAUUCAAGAAGCCGCAUGGCUGGUGCGAAAAUAUCAACGUCUGAAAGAUGAGGUAGAGUCUGAAGUCGAGGAGGAAUCGGAGGAGACUGAAGUUGCUCCAAGUUUGGACAGAAGGUAUCCACCUAUACACGGAGAUUUUACACAUAAUAGGAUGGAAAUCGAGAUGAUAUUUUUGGCUCAGUGCAUUAAAGCAGGAAAUGAGGAAAUGAUAUCCACCGCCAUAGAAUUUGUCGGUACAGACGAGCUGCCGCUGGAAUUCUACCGAAAAUACGACAUUGCUCUUUCGUGUCACCUCUACUGCCCAGAACAGGAAGAUUGCAAGCACCUGAUCGACUUUAUCGAAGAGAUGGAAGAAGUCGGUAUGCAAUGGGAGAAUUUGGAAGCUCUGGAAAGAUACUUACGCGAGAACUCGGAGCUCGGGCUUGUGCCCGAUAGUGUGAUGACGCUUUUGAUGGGAUAUUUCAAAGGUGAUAGGUACUUGGGUGAUGAGGAUUGGAAGGACUAUUUUGUCGACCCAAUUUGCAACUUCUUCCUGUCACAGGACGUCUCGCUGGAUCAAUUCGAACGAUUCGAUGUGAAGAAUAUUCUUGUCAAAUUUGAAGAACGAGCAACUAAACCUGUGAAGCUUGUGCUGCAGAAGAUUGAAGAUCUCAAGUCCGCUUAAUCGAAAAUAAUUUAUUUGAACCUGUUUUUCCAAAGUUUUUGGUUUUAAUAUCAUUAAAUGAAAUGUGUUUUACUCCUGAAUUUCU